AUGUUUGUCUUGCUCUGCAUCAUGCUUUUGGUGGGAUCUGCCAGCUCCCAGUGGGAAGAUGACGACUACUCAUUUACUGCUCCAGUCGGAGGGCAACGUGGAUCAACUUAUGCCAUUCAGCGUCCUGGAAGAAUUACUGGCAUUCGAAUGUGGGAAAAUUAUAACAACUACAUAGCAGGUAUCCAGCUCCGCUACGGCUACUCCUGGAGUGACAUUGUAGGCCGCGCAAGAGGUGCAGUUCAAGAGAUGUUAUUGUUUGAAAAUGAGGCCAUUGUGCAGCUCUCUGGAAAACACAUCAACUGGGUGUACUCUCUGGCGUUUACUACCAACAUGGGUCGUUCCCUGUAUGCUGGCCAACCUCGUGGGUACUCAUUCAACAUGUACCCCCACAGCAAAAAGGCUGAACUUCGCUUUAUCAGUGGUCGUCAGAGCAGCAGCAUCGUCUCCAUUGGGGCACACUGGGGAGUUGUGACUGACCCUAAUGCCAACAGUAACAGUACUAAUACUUACUAG